AUGAUGGCAUCCAUAAAGCAGGGAAAAAUAUCUCUAACUUGGUCCUUGCUCACUUUAUUUUUUACUUUGGCUACAAGAAAUGUAUAUGCUACUACUGUAACUGAAGACGAUGCAGGCGGAUGUAUCCCAACUGUUUUUGAAAGGUCUGCAGAGAAAAUGGGGUUUCAUGUCCAAUUUUAUCACUACAACUUUUUAUCUUACAAUGCUAAAACUAAUACUGGUGUUCCAGAUUUGAAAACAUAUGUGAGUUCUGAAUAUAUUAAUGGCGGUUUCGCUGAUUAUGGUAUGUUUGGUGAAACCUACUCUGCCACAAAUUUGAGUUUUAAGUUUGUUCCUAACGAUGUUUAUAAGGCUCUUCAAAAAGCAACUUUACCACCUGGGUUCGCUUAUUCAGAACCUUUUUAUCUUACAAAUUGGACUUUCCUGGCAACUGGUUACUUUGUUCCACCAACCACUGGUGUCUAUAAAAUAGGCAUAGAGUACAUUGAUGAUUUAGGUAUUGUAUCUUUUGGUGCUAAUUCUGCAUUUGAGUGUUGUUUACAGCAUUCUACCUCGACUACUCCACAAUCUUAUCAAAUUAGUUCUUUAUGGUCAUCGAGUGGCCCAUCGGGAGUAAAUGAAGUUUCUGUAACGUUAAAUGCUGGUAUUUACUACCCAUUGAGAAUAUUUUAUGUUAAUCGUCAAAAUAUCGCUGGGAUGAAUUUUGGUUACACAGAUCCAGAUGGUGUUUAUCACAACCAUUGGUCCGAAGUUAUUUAUAAUUUUAAGGAUAGUGAUGCAAGUUGUGAUGCUCCAAGUGGAAAUUCAACAACAUAUAUCCCAUGGACUGGAUCCGUUACAUCUACUAUUGGUACAUCAGUUUUCACUACUACUGGUACUGAUGGUAUUCCAACUACCUCUACGAUUUACACAGUUGAGACUCCAGAACAUAACGGUGCUACUACCACUUACACUCCAUGGACUGGAUCUGUUACUUCUACUAUUGGUACAUCAGUUUUCACUACUGCUGGUACUGAUGGUAUUCCAACUACCUCUACGAUUUACACAGUUGAGACUCCAGAACAUAACGGUGCUACUACCACUUACACUCCAUGGACUGGAUCUGUUACUUCUACUAUUGGUACUAGUGUAACUACCAGCAUUGGAUCUGAUGGUAUUCCAACAACCUCUACGAUUUACACAGUUGAAACACCAGAGCAUAACGGUGCUACUACCACUUAUACACCAUGGACUGGAUCUGUUACUUCUACUAUUGGUACUAGUGUAACUACCAGCAUUGGAUCUGAUGGUAUUCCAACAACCUCUACGAUUUACACAGUUGAAACACCAGAGCAUAACGGUGCUACUACCACUUAUACACCAUGGACUGGAUCCUUUACUUCUACUAUUGGUACAUCAGUUUUCACUACUACUGGUACUGAUGGUAUUCCAACUACCUCUACGAUUUACACAGUUGAGACUCCAGAACAUAACGGUGCUACUACCACUUACACUCCAUGGACUGGAUCUGUUACUUCUACUAUUGGUACUAGUGUAACUACCAGCAUUGGAUCUGAUGGUAUUCCAACAACCUCUACGAUUUACACAGUUGAAACACCAGAACAUAACGGUGCUACUACCACUUACACUCCAUGGACUGGAUCUGUUACUUCUACUAUUGGUACUAGUGUAACUACCAGCAUUGGAUCUGAUGGUAUUCCAACAACCUCUACGAUUUACACAGUUGAAACACCAGAGCAUAACGGUGCUACUACCACUUAUACACCAUGGACUGGAUCUGUUACUUCUACAAUUGGUACAUCAGUUUUCACUACUACUGGUACUGAUGGUAUUCCAACUACCUCUACGAUUUACACAGUUGAAACACCAGAACAUAACGGUGCUACUACCACUUACACUCCAUGGACUGGAUCUGUUACUUCUACUAUUGGUACUAGUGUAACUACCAGCAUUGGAUCUGAUGGUAUUCCAACAACCUCUACGAUUUACACAGUUGAAACACCAGAGCAUAACGGUGCUACUACCACUUAUACACCAUGGACUGGAUCUGUUACUUCUACAAUUGGUACAUCAGUUUUCACUACUACUGGUACUGAUGGUAUUCCAACUACCUCUACGAUUUACACAGUUGAGACUCCAGAACAUAACGGUGCUACUACCACUUAUACACCAUGGACUGGAUCUGUUACUUCUACAAUUGGUACAUCAGUUUUCACUACUACUGGUACUGAUGGUAUUCCAACUACCUCUACGAUUUACACAGUUGAGACUCCAGAACAUAACGAUGCUACUACCACUUACACUCCAUGGACUGGAUCUGUUACUUCUACUAUUGGUACAUCAGUUUUCACCACUACUGGUACUGAUGGUAUUCCAACUACCUCUACGAUUUACACAGUUGAAACACCGGAGAACCAUGCUAUUAGUACUACAUUCACCUCUUGGGGUGGUGCUUACACUUCAACUUAUUCCACUAACAUUUUCACUGUUACUGGCUCUAAUGGAUUGUCUACCACUUCCACUAUUCUUUACGUUGAAACACCAGGAUUUGGUUAUUUCAAUACUACGAGUUCUAAAUCUUCGCCAUUUACUACUCUUCCAGGUACUACUAACACUCAGACAUCUACAAACCCAAGUGAAGGUAGAUCCGCAUCAGAAACCUUUACUACCCCAGUUUCAGGUAUCACCUCUACCUCUGAAAGUGUUAUUCCAGUUAAACCAACUACUGAAACACCUGGAUUGCCUUCUAGUGUUACAAGAACUACUGUGAUUGUUACAUCUGGCAGAACUAUAACCUCGACUGUUGUCACAUGCGAUGCUACUACCACCACUGUUCCAAACAAUAACAACAACAAUAAUAGUGGUUCUAACAAUUCCGGUUCCGAAGUUUAUUCUGUUAGUUCUGAGACUUCCAAUACACCAGUUACUGUUACUAAGACUAGUGUGUACACUACAUCUGGUAGUACCAUUACUGCUAUUAUCACCUCCACUAUUGUUCCAAAUAACAACAACAACAACGGUGGAUCUGGUAGUUCUGAAACCACUAAUACACCAGUCACUGUUACCAAGACUAGUGUAUUCACUACUUCGGGUAGUACCAUUACUGCUACUAUCACCUCUACUAUUGUUCCAAACAACAACAACAACGGUGGAUCUGGUAAUUCCGAAACUGCUAAUACACCAGUUACUGUUACCAAGACUAGUGUGUACACUACUUCCGGUAGUACCAUCACAUCUGUUAUUACAUCAACUAUUGUUCCAAACAACAACAAUAACAAUGGUGGAUCUGGUAGUUCUGAGACUGCUAAUACACCAGUUACUGUUACUAAGACUAGUGUGUACACUACUUCAGGUAGUGCCAUUACUGCUACUAUCACAUCAACUAUUGUUCCAAACAACAACAAUAACAAUGGUGGAUCUGGUAGUUCCGAAACUGCUAAUACACCAGUUACUGUUACCAAGACUAGUGUGUACACUACUUCCGGUAGUACUAUCACAUCUGUUAUUACAUCUACUAUUGUUCCAAACAAUAAUAAUGAAAACGGAUCAGGUUCUCCAGGCAAUGCUAGUGAAUAUUUCGAGACUAUUUCUUCUGGUUCUGUUUACACUAGUGUUACCAAAACUACAUCUAAUGGGAAAUUAAUUACUACUACUAUUCAAUCGGAAAUUGUUUCUAGCACACCCGCUAUUGAAGUCCAAAGUAUUCAAUCUCAAACUACUUUACCUGUUGUUUCAAUUUAUCAAGCUGGUGCUUCUUCUAAUGGAUUAUCUGCUUUCAAAAUGUUUUUUACAUUAUUUGUCUUAUUUUUCAGUAUAUUCUGA